AUGGCGCACUUCGCCGACGACCCGUCCCUGCUCGCCGCGCUCAACGGCGACACCGACAUCUUCCGCGGCAUCGCCGCUUGCGUCUUCAAGAAGGCCGUGGCUGACGUGACGGACGACGAGCGCAACCGCGCCAAGCAGCUCUCGUAUCAGAUUCUGUACAAGGCGGGCCCGGCCCGCCUCGCCGCGGAGCUCGCCGUGCAGCCCGAGGAGGCCAGGGCGCUGAUCCGCUCCUUCGAUGACACCUUCCCCGGAGUGGCUGCCUACGAGCGCAACCUCGUGAUUCACGCCCGCGCCAACGGCUACGUGCAGACGAUCGGUGGCCGCCGCCGCUGGCUUCCGGCGCUCAAGUCGACCAAAGGCGAGGAGAGGCGGAAGGCCGAGAGGCAGUGCAUUAACACGCUCUGCCAGGGCUCGGCGGCCGACCUCAUCAAGCGGGCGAUGGUGGCGAUCGACGACCGGCUGCUGCGCAUGUCGGGCGGCGUCGCCCCGCGCGGCCGGCUGCUGCUGCAGGUGCACGACGAGCUCGUCUUCGAGGUGGAGGAGGGCGGCGCGGCCGCGCUGCGCGACGCCGUGACCAAGGCGAUGGUGCACGACGCGGCCAUGCUCAAGGUGCCGCUGCGCAUCGUCAUCAAGCAGGGCCCCUCCCUUGGCCAGCUCGAGACGGAGUCUGACAAUCUGACGCAGACGCAGUGGGCGGGGCACUGA